GGCAAGGUCGAAGUUCUCGUACGCAACUAAAUGCAUGUAUUGUAUUAAAAUAUUUGUUUUGGAUAGAAUUAAAUCUGUUUGAUGUUUAAAUUUUAAUAUGGCUGAUAAAAGGAAAGACCUGGCCAACACUGAAGACAAAAUAACAGCAAAUAGUGAAUACAUGCAACGGAACGGAGUGACGCAGCAAAUAAAAGAAGCCAUGCUCAAAUUAAUAGAGAACAGGCCACAACACCCGAUGCUGUUUCUCGCCGAGUUUUUUGACUCCAUUAAUUCCGCAGAGAAAACUGAUAAACUUCAAAGUGCAGUGAAAACGUUGAAACUAACCCACCAUUCCCAGCAAGCAUUCCAAACUAAUCUAAUGAUCGCAUAUGAUGUCAUCAGUGCCCCGAAAGCCACGAACUCCAAAAAACCUCAACGUUUAGGCCUUACUGGCGGUGACUAUGAACAACUACUUAUUACCCUUGGUACAAACAUACCAAAAAAUAUUUUAUCAAAUUUAAUCGCAAAAGUUUGCUGUAGAUCAAAUGAAAUGGUCCCUUUUGAUGUUUUCCGAUAUGGUGUCAUAGUGUGCCUUGUAUGUAGUGAGUAUGUGGAACUUGGUGCUGAUUUAUUUCAUAUAUUGUGCAGCAAAGCUGAUAACAGCAUGGCUGACAAGCAAAUAUGCGAUGCAACAUUAGCUGUGUUUCAGAAUGCAAUUGAUGGUUCAGUUAAUUAUGAAAGUAAGAGUGGUUUAUUUUCCCUCAAUGCUGGCUAUAAUCUUAGGCCAGAUAAACUAGCCGUAGCAAUGAUAAAUGCAUCGGAAAGCUCCAAAAAUAAACUGCUCAUGAACCAAACAGAUUUUAUUUAUGCCGUCUCGGAAAUAUUUUUGGGCAAAGUAAAACAAAUUAAGUGAGAAAAUUAUUUUUUAGGGUUUAAGCAUUUUUAAGUGAAAUGUUGUUUCAGUACUGUAAACAUUUACUAUUAGACUGUUUUUGUAGUUUUUUUAUACUAUACAACACUGUAUAUUUCUAUCUAUAUUAUAACACCAUAUAUUUAAUUCUUGGUAAUUCAACUGUGGGUGCUUAAUACUAUAUUUGUGGUUAAAAUUGCACUGUCUGUUCAAUAUUUUGUAACUUCGCCUUGUUUCA